AUGGGGGCGGGGAGGGCGCGGAGCGGGCGGGGCUUCUGCGGGAGAGUGCGUGUCCCCGGGGCUCCGCCACUGGCUCUGAGGAGUCUGAGCCCCGUCCCGGUGAGUCCGCCCGAGGGCCGGGAGAGGGUGCGCCGAACCCAGGGAGCCCGAAGCUUCCCGCCCUGCGCGCCCGCGGCCUCGGGCGCCCACUCUGCGGCCUCAGACCCAGAAGCGUCCCCGGGACCCACCCGGAGGCGCCUGCAGCCGCGGGGCAAGUCAGAGACACAGCACGGUGUGACCUCACUGAAUGAGGGUGGACCUUUAUCAGAAUCACUGGAGGCCAUUCUGAGCAGAAGAAAUACCCACGUAGGACAGAAAGCCACUGGGAGGAGCCAGAAGCCGGAAGUCAAGAAACCCGGAAGUAAACGGAGCCCAGAAGCCAACGGGAGCCCGGAAGAGAAAGAAGAGGACGUCACGUUGCGUAGGACAAACGAAGGAGCCCCUGAAAUGGCUGCCGACAAGAAUGCUGCUGACGCAGGAGCAAGUGAGUCUUCUGGCCAGUGCUGCUAUUUGGACUUCUGGCUUCUGAAACGGUUCUUAGACACCAACCACUCCAACCUUCUGAGGAUGUAGAGCAAGCAUGGAUUUUGAAUGGACUUUCCAGGAGGCACUGCAUGAGAAUGUUGAGAACCACUGAGCUGACGUCUGGUUUGGUGAAACAGAGCCCCUGAAGCUUACCGAGCUGAGAUCAUGGAAAGCAAGGAUUCUGGAUGGUGUAGUCCAAGAUGGAAACUUUAUGGGUUCCUGAGUCACUGUUUGGAGAAGAGCUUCCUGGGAGAGCUACAUGACCGACAACAGAUCUUGUGACAUGUCAAACCAGUAAGAGUUUAGAUAUUAUUUGUUACUGUGUCCUUGCCAAGCCUCUACUAACGAAUGUACUUAAAAACAAUUACCUGGUGAGGUAGGGCAGUGAAGAAGAACAGAAGCUUUGUAGUCCUACAGGACUAAUUGAAACCUCAGUUCUGCCAUCUACUACUUGUAUAAUCUCAGGCAUUAUUUGGAGGGAACUAGAAAUAAAUACUGGCAGUAUUUUUACAUUUUAUACCAAAAAGAGGGCAGAUAUAGGUCCAGGAAAACUUAAGUGAGAGAAAUUCCACGGAAGUUGUUUUAGCUCUGAGACAACAUAUUCACCAAGGUACCGCCUCAUCUCAUUUUGUUUUCCCAAAAUGGCUUCCUUGUUUUUCUUCUGUAAAGGAUUCUAUUGUGUUUUCCAUACAAACUAAUCUUGUAUGAAUUUGGAUGGCACAAGUCUUUGAGCUGAUUCAUGGAAAUGGGCCCAUUAUAGUAAGAGAUCUUGAAAUCUUGCCAAAAAACAAUUGAUGGGAUUGAAGCCUACAUAAAAGAAGACUUGGGAGUAGCCGCCUUUGAAUACAUGAGGGGAGGACAUGUAGAGACUUGGAGACAAAGAGUUAAAGGAGGUCCAAAAAGCCCCUGAGGUUAUGUGCUGAGUGUGAAUGUGUGAAGGGUUGUAGUUUUGGGUGGCGUAGGUCCUAGAAUUAAUCAAAUUCUCCAAGACUAAAAAUCAAUGUUCUGGACUUACUCUGUGUGACACAGGGAGGCUGAACAAGGACCAAUAGCUCUGAUAUACAAGGUGGCAAAAUCUGCCAUUUAAGGGACAUAUUUUAAAAAUCGGCAUUGUCUCCAUAUGAACUGGCUUGCCUCUAGCUGUAGUGAGUUUCUCAUCUAAGUCCCACACUUAUCAACAGUGUUCUGGAGAAGAUUGAACUGCUUCUAUGGUUCAUGCCAAUGCUGAGUUUUAGUGAUCCAGUAAUUCAUAGAGAUCAAACAACUCUGAAGUUUCAUUAACUUAAUUUGCAGUGUGGGGCCCAGGGGUCUCUAUUUCAGGUGUCUGAGUUUUCCCAUCACCAAUUUGUCCUGGCUUAAAAUAAAAAUAUUUAGAUGAAACAUCCUCAAUAAGAAGCACAAGUACUCAAAAGAGCCCCUAAUCGUAUCUUAGUGAAGGAUGGUUUCUGUUUUAACUAAAAGGAUAGUUUUAAAUAAAACUCAGUAUGCAUGGGGAUAGUAAAUGAGGAGACCUCACAGGGUGGUGUUCUCCAUAAAGUGUAAUAUGAACUUACAUUGCUGAGAAAAUGAACCUUCAAUGAAACUGAUAAUUGUAUAAUUUAUUGCAAAGUUAGAAAGCAUUAAUAAGAACUAUCAAUUACUGAAUAUUUACUGUUUGCCAGGUUCUAUAACCUCAUGCUCUACAGGUAUUCUCACUUAAUCUUCAGUGUACUUAAUGAAGACAGUAUUAUCACCCCAAUUUUACAAAUAAGGAAAUUAAAGUCCGUAGCAGUCAGAAGGU